GUUUGUCGUCGGGUUGAUAAUGCCGUCGAGCUUAGCGGAGAGCGAUGCGGAGACGGAUCCGGAGGCGCUUGUGGCUCAACGUCCCUAGUCCAUGGCAUCCAUUGCUCCUCUCCAUCUCCGACUUAGAGCGUCUAGCGCCCAAGACGACGGUAGUUCCUUCGGAGCAAGAAUCACAUGGCAACCCCCAGACGGGCAAGAUGGCAGCCCGAUGCGGAAUUUCGCGACACAAAUCCGAGGAAACUCCACAGUUCAUGAUGCCCAGCUCCAAAAAACACCACGGGUUGUGGUAGGCCACGGGCCAGCC